AUGGUAAAUAGACAAGAUCUCAAACGCAACUUGUCUCUAUAUAGGUUAAUCAUAUCUAUCAACAACAUGGGUGCAGGUGGUCGGAUGUCAGACGACCCAUUUGAUGGUAAAAAGAUCCUGGAACGUGUCCCAGUUGAUCCGCCGUUUUCAUUAAGUGAUUUAAAGAAAGCGAUCCCUGCCCAUUGCUUCAAGCGAUCCGUCAUCCGUUCAUCUUACUAUGUUGUUCACGAUCUGAUUGUUGCCUACGUUUUCUACUUCCUUGCGAAUACAUAUAUUCCUUUUCUUCCAGCUCCUUUGGCUUACUUAGCUUGGCCGGUUUAUUGGUUCUGUCAAGCAAGCAUCCUCACUGGCUUAUGGGUCAUCGGUCAUGAAUGUGGUCAUCAUGCCUUUAGCGAAUACCAACUGAUUGAUGACAUUGUUGGCUUCAUCCUCCACUCAGCUCUCAUGACACCUUAUUUCUCAUGGAAAUAUAGCCAUCGAAAUCACCAUGCCAACACAAAUUCUCUUGAUAAUGAUGAAGUUUACAUUCCUAAACGCAAGUCUAAAGUCAGGUGGUACUCAAAACUUCUUAACAACCCACCUGGUCGAGUGUUCACUUUGGUUUUUAGGUUCACUCUAGGAUUUCCUUUAUACCUCUUAACUAAUAUUUCUGGCAAGAAAUAUGGAAGGUUUGCCAACCACUUUGAUCCCAUGAGUCCAAUUUUCACAGAGCGUGAGCGAAUCCAGGUCCUGUUAUCAGAUCUUGGUCUUCUUGCCGUCUUUUAUGCAAUCAAGAUUGCUGUAACAACAAAAGGAGCUGCUUGGGUAACGUGCAUCUAUGGAGUUCCGGUGGUAGGAGUCCAUGUAUUUUUCGUUAUCAUAACGUAUUUGCACCACACCCAUCUAUCGCUGCCUCAUUAUGAUUCAACGGAAUGGAACUGGAUCAAAGGGGCCCUAUCAACAAUUGACAGGGACUUUGGAUUCCUUAAUAGGGUUUUCCAUGACGUUACACACACUCACGUAUUGCAUCAUUUGAUUUCAUACAUUCCACAUUAUCAUGCAAAGGAGGCAAGGGAUGCAAUCAUUCCAGUUUUGGGUGAGUAUUAUAAGAUCGAUAGGACUCCAAUAUUUAAAGCAAUGUGGAGAGAGGCUAAAGAAUGCAUCUAUAUCGAGCCUGAUGAAGAUAGCCACCACAAAGGUGUAUUUUGGUACCAUAAAAUGUGAUCAUUUGCUGAUAUCAUUUCCCUUUGAAUUAUUCCGGCCAUUUACCGUAUGUAUUUGGGCCAUUAUGUAAUAAAAUAAUUCAUAGGUUUGCUUAAUGAGAAAUUAACAUGGUUAUCCAAACUAUAAAUUUUAUCUUGUUUAUCACUUUAUUUAAUUGAAAUGGUAUUGAACUAAAUCAGAAAUUGUUUUAUGUGACCAUUAAUUGUCAAUAUGCUGUAGUAUCAAAGUUAUUAUUUUUCAAUAUAUU